AUGGCCGUGCCCGAGCAGCCAGCACCGGCUAAGUCCGCCCCGAGCUCGUCGAGCGUGGGGCGGUCAGCUUCGUCGUGGGCGGUGCCUACAUGGCAAUUUUCGGGGACCCCGAGCCCCUCGGAGGAGGCUCGCAAGGGACCUAGCGCCCAGCCGUCGCCCAACCAGCCCGCCGACCCCCUCCCAGUCGUGCUGGGAAGCACUUGGGAGGUGAUCGGGCGGCUGGAGGCGGCCGUGGCGGGGGAGAUGAUGCAGCUUGAGGCGAACCGCGCCGCCCUUGCUGCAGAGAGGGCGCGGCUUGUCACGGGCUGGCGCCUUUUUGAGGCCCGCGUCGCCGCGGUGCACGCCGCCAAUGAGGGUGAGCGGCGCGCCCUAGAGGAGGAGCAGAAGCAGCGGGCUGCCAAGGCGCUCGCCAGGGAGAGGCAGGCGCAAGCGCGGGAGGAGACGGUUUUGGCCCGCGAGAGGGUGGGGGAAGCCUCCCAGGCUGAAUUGGCCCGCCUGAAAGGUGAGGCUGACCAGGUCCGCGCCGACCUCCAACACCGGGAGGAGGACGUCGCGAUCAGGGAGACUGACGUCGGCAUCACGACGGCAGACCUGGAAGCCCGGGAGGAGCUACUGAUCCUCCGGGAGACGAAGGCUGCUGAGGCGGUGCUGGCUGCGGCCGCUCGGGAGGAGCGGGCCGCCAAGUGGAAGAACUCUAUUGCUUGA